UCAAAACCAGAAAUGAACAUUUCCUUAAAACAGUGCUAUCUGGGUUUAUUUGCAAUUUUAAUUGGUUGUAUACUAAACAAUUACAAUGCAGAGGCCAUACACACUGAAGAAGGUCUGGAAUUAUUGUUCCGUCAGAGAACCAACUCCGAUUGGGAAGAUGUCUGGCAUAGUGAGACUCACUCACGCUGUCGCGAUAAACUAGUACGUCAACUGUAUUGGGCCUGUGAAAAAGAUAUUUAUCGUUUGACACGACGCAAUCGCAAACGUACCGAUGAAACUUUCAAUAAACGUAGUAAAUCUCAUACAUUUCUACCCAUGUGGCUGCAGCCUAAUAUUGCUCAAACACUUUUAAGGACACGUCGUUCUAAUGCCCAUUCCAUAACCACUGAAUGUUGCACUAAGACAGGUUGUACUUGGGAAGAAUAUGCCGAAUAUUGUCCCUCGAAUAAGAGACGUAAUCAUUAUUGAAGUUGUGAUUGUUGAAUAAAGGAGCAGAUGAGAGAGGGAAAACUAAAAAAGUAAAGAGUUGGAAAAGUUUGGAGGAAUUUGAAUGAAUUAUUUGCAAACAACUUGAAAGUGUGUUAAUAAAUAUGUAUUAUUAUGAAUAUUUGCAUGUUUGCUAUUUAAUGUACAGUUAUUAAUAAAAAAUC